AUGCCCACGAAGCGCAAGCCAGACAGUGCGCAUCCAACCAACAAAUCUAAAUCUGGUAGACAAUCUCCUGCUUCAGAUUCUGAGGAGUCGGCUGGCAUGUUCGUCAGUCAGUCGCCCGAGCCUAAGCAUGUGAAGAAAAGGAAGAGAAAUUCGGAGCCUGUGAGAAAUACGAAGGGGUCGAGGAAGAGGAAGGAUGAUGAGUAUGAGAGUGAUCCUGGGAGAGAUGAGGGGAGUCAAUUUUUAGCCCGCGUCAGAAUGGAGGCAAGCAAGAAGACCAAGGCGCGGAAAGCUGGAGCUGCUUAUACCGAGAAAUUUGCCAAACUUCUAAAUGAAGAUGAAGCCGCUCUACUUAAAGAGCUUGAGGAUAUAAACGCUGCCUGCAUCAACAGCGACAAGGAAUUUCUGCAAAACUUCACUCGAGGCUUUGUUACUUCCCGCCCGAGGGAACGCUCAUCGAAAGAAAAUAGCGAUCGUCCCUUCAGUGCCCUCCAUAAACCUUGCCACGCCUUGAUCGACGCAGCCAGUGCCAUCAUAGAGGAUUUUGCGAAAGCUUCACAACAGGCAGUGGAGAUAUCGAAGAGCGAGGUGAAACAUGAUGAAUGGGCUGCAGAAGAUGAGGAGAUAGCUACGGCGCUGGAAGCAGGUCAUACGGUCGCGUGUGAGAGACACGAAGCUUUAUUGAACGGCCGGGGGCUUGUGGUUGUCGAUUCUGCAGUCGCUCGUGCUAGCAAAACCUUAUUUGAUGAGGAAAUGCCUACUGUCGGCUGGGGAAAACUGGUUCAUAAACAACAGAAAGGUCUUGCACGACUGGUCAAGGCUAAUCAGUUGGAACCAAUACUGGCGUAA